AUGGCAUCAAAGGCCUUCUUCAAGUCCUUCCUCCCCUUCUACCGUUUCCUUGGCCGAAGGAUCUACAGCCCACUUUUCCCCAACAGAAGAAGUCCCCAUGGAUCCCACUUAAAGCUACAGAAGAGCCUCUCUAUGGAGCUCUCGGAACAAACACUGGUGUUUGAUGUGGAGGGAGGGCUCUUGAGGUCCUCCUCCACCUUUCCUUACUUCAUGCUUAUGGCCUUGGAGGGUGGAAGCUUCUUGAGGGGCCUUACCCUCUUGCUUUUAUGCCCUCUACUUUGUUGUCUGAGCCAUGAGGUGGGGCUUAGAUUGAUGGUCAUGGUGUGCUUCUUUGGGAUAAGGAAGGAGGGGUUGAGGGUUGGAAAGGCAGUACUUCCCAAGUUCUUCUUGGAGGAUGUGGGCUUGGAGGGUUUUGAAGUCUUGAGGAGGGGUAGAAGGAGAGUUUGUUGUACAAGCAUGCCAAGGAUCAUGGUGGAAGGGUUUCUCAAAGAUUACUUGGGGGUGGAGGUGGUAAUUGGGAGGGAGUUGAAGGAUUUUGGUGGGUAUUACACUGGACUAAUGGAGGAGGAGGGGAAGGUGGAGUUGGAAACGAAGGUGUUGUUUGGUGAAGAAGAUACGGGUGGAAGUGCCUUAGGGUUUGAAAGCUGCACCAGCUCUUCUCAGCACCACCUUUUCUCUCAUUGCAAGGAAGUCCACCUGGUAACUGAAGCUGAGAAGAGGAGCUGGCAUGUCUUACCCAGAGAACAAUACCUAAAGCCCCUGGUGUUCCAUGAUGGCAGAUUGGCCUUCAGGCCAACCCCAAUGAACACACUUUUCAUGCUCCUCUGGCUCCCCCUUGGUGUUCCCUUAUCCAUCCUUAGAUGCCUGGUCUUCUUCUUUCUGCCCUAUAGAAUAUCCAUCCCUAUAGAAGCCUUCUCUGGGAUAAGGUGCAGGAUCUUAGCUCCCCCAACCUCCAACACCGAACGCCAGCCCAGUGGUCGCGGUCACCUCUACGUCUGCAACCACCGGACCCUCCUCGACCCGGUCUUCAUCUCCGCCGCGCUCAACAAGAUCGUGACCGCCGUCACUUACAGCGUCAGCCCCAUCUCUGAAGCCUUGUCGCCGAUCAGAACGGCGAGACUGACCCGAAACAAAGAGGAGGACAAGAGAAAAAUGGAGAGGCUAUUGAACCAAGGAGACCUUGUGGUGUGCCCUGAAGGGACCACUUGCAGGGAACCUUACCUGCUGAGGUUCAGUCCACUGUUUACAGAGUUGGCAGAGGAGAUUAUCCCAGUGGCAUUGGUCACCAAGGUGAGCAUGUUUUAUGGCACCACAGCAGCUGGAUUCAAGUUCUUGGAUACCUUCUACUUCCUCGCAAAUCCGUGUCCGGGGUAUGACAUCGAGUUCCUGAAGAAGAUACCGACGCAUUCCGUUGGUGGAAAGAGUAGCAGCGGCUACGAAGUGGCCAACCAUGUACAGAGAACGCUUGGAAGUGCCCUGGGCUACGAGUGCACAAAUUUCACCAGGAAGGAGAAGUACCGAUUGCUUGCAGGCAACGACGGGAUCGUAAACACGAAGCCCAAAAGACAGUGAUACAGAAGUAUAAGAACCUCCGGAUCAUGUGAGAAUGAUGCUUGAAUAUAUCCUACUUAUUUUUGUUUGGAUGAAGAUCGAAGCUUGUAUCCCUCUUUUUUGUCUUUUUUUCCCUUCUGUGGGAAGCUUGUGUUCCUCCUUGGCGUUGUACUACCACAGACUUGUUUAAUUAUGGUACUCAUUCUUUGAUCUGAAAGGGAAAAAUGAAAAGAAGGGGACAAAUAUUGAUAACGCA